AUGGCCCAAUCGUUCCACAUUACCUCUUCCAUUAUGGGAAAUAGUCCGUUAAAACCGAGUAAUUGUUGCUCCGGCCUGGCUGCGCGUCUCGCAACUGCGACUCCCGUGGAGUCUGCACCCGACGAGGCAAAAUGCGCAGAGAGGUCGGAGCGCAAAAAGGUGAUUGUGGUGGGAGCUGGAAUCUCGGGUCUCCGAGCCGCGUCUAUCCUGCACAGCCAUGGCUGUGAGGUCGUUGUGCUGGAGGCCCGGGAUCGCAUUGGAGGUCGGAUACUGACGAGUAGAACGGAGAAUCGCGUGCGGGAUAUUGGCGCCGCAUGGAUGCAUGAAACCUCGCAGAACAGCUUGGUUGAGCUGGUGCCUCGUCUGUCGAUUCCAUACUAUUAUGACGACGGGGCCCCCUUGUAUUUCACCAGAGACGGUCGUGCCGGAUCUCAGUUCAAGGCCAAAAAGGUGGCCGACGAGUUCGCCGACUAUUGUACGUGGUAUUACCAAACUCAUCCGGACGCAGAAGACCGUACGGUUGAUGAAUUUGCUAAAGAAUUUGUCCUGCAACACAAGCUCAUCACCGAUGACGAGCGUUGCUGGGCACCGCAAGCCGUCCGCGAGGUAGAACUCUGGAUCGGCACAAGUACGGACCAAGCUUCUUCCAGGCAUUUGUCCUAUUUCAUCACGGAGCGCAAUCUGUACAUGAAAGGUGGCUAUGAUCGCAUUGUGGACUGGACCGCAGCGUCUCUCACAAAGGACCCUGCCAUCAUCCGACUUGGCCAUCAUGUGCAGCGCGUGGAAUGGAAGGAAGACGGCAAGGAACUAGCAGGCGUCCACUAUACAGAUGCAGCUGGAAAUGCUGCUCUGAUUGAAGGCGACGCGGUUGUGAUGACCGUGCCCUUGGGUGUAUACCACCAUAACCUCAUCUCUUUCAAUCCUCCCUUGCCGAGUGACAUCCAAGAGGGCAUAUCAAAAUUUAGCUACGGAGCUCUGGGGAAAAUCUUCUUUGAGUUCACCGACGUCUUUUGGUCAAAGGACAACGACCAGUUCAUUUUCUAUCCCUCUCCAACCGAUGAAUUCGAACAUUCUUCCGCAUCUUCUGUGCACUCCAACGCCAGCAUGAGCUCCAUGGGGGAGAAGGACAACAUCUUGAACUACGCCACUGUCACAAUCAAUCUGUGGAUUAUGACGGGAAGCAAGGAGCUGUGCGUGCAGAUUGCUGAGCCCUUGACUCAGCGUAUCGAAGCUAUGAAGGAUUCCGAGGAAAUCUAUCGUUUCUUCGAGCCACUGUUCAAACUCCUUCGUAUAGAGCCCUACAAGGCCCUGCCCAAAUUGGUCAGCGUGGAGACCACCCAUUGGACUCAAGAUCCAUUGGCAGGGUAUGGAACGUACUCGGCCGACAAGGUCGGGGACAACCCUCUAUUGUUCAUGGAGGCGUUGGAGAAUCACAAGAACAGUCGGUUGCAGUUCGCAGGUGAGCAUUGUACUCGCAUCGCCAAUGGUUGCGUACACGGUGCAUUCAAGACGGGUGAAACCGCCGCUGAGAAUCUGCUUCGUACUUUUGGCAUUCCAUACCAGGCAAGCGAUGUUGUUAGCUUGAAAUAA